AAAAGACGCAAAAUCUCCACAAAACCUACAGCCACACACACUAUUACACCAUCAGAAAACACGCACACGAAAAAAGCUUUUUAGAGAGAGAAAGAGAGAGAGAGAGAGAGAAGCAACCAUGGCGGCAACCGUGAGCGCGUGGGCAAAACCAGGCGCAUGGGCUCUUGAUUCCGAGGAGAACGAGACGGAGCUCCUCCAGCAGCACAAGGAGGAUGUCGCCCCCGCUAAAGGCCAUUCCAACGGCGCCGGAACGGCGGAUUUUCCGUCACUCUCCGUCGCCGCCGCCACAAAAACCAAUAAGAAGAAGAAGCCGCAGAAGAUGUCCGUUGGUGAUUUUUUGUCGUACAACGAACCUAAGCCAUCGGUGUAUCAGCCCAAGGGUUUGACGCAUGAAGAAAAUUUGGUCCUCCCCAAGGGUCCACGCGAGCGCACCGACGAGGAGCUCUCUCGGAAUAAAGGAUUCAGAUCCUACGAGAGAGACGAGCAGCCGCGCCGUAAUAGGGAUUCAGAUCGCGAAUUCAUCCCGUCUAGGGCUGACGAAACCGACAAUUGGGCGGUUGGGAAGAAAUCUGUUAAUAGUUCUGGAUUCGAGAGGAGGGAAAGGGGAGAAAGGAAUGGGUUCUUCACCGAUUCGCAAUCUCGAGCAGAUGAUGUUGAUAAUUGGGGAUCUAACAAAAGUUUUGUGCCGUCGGCUGAGCCUAGGCGAUACGAGAAACGAAUGGGUUUUGGAUUGGAAUCUGGUAAUGGCGGUGCGGAUUCGGAUAAUUGGGGGAGGAGAAAGGAAGAAGAGGGGAGAAAACCUGCCGGUGCGUUUGACAGUUUGAGGGAGAGGAGAGGGGGUUUCGAUUCCAACGGGGCAGAUUCGGAGAGCUGGGGAAGGAAACGAGAAGAGGGGAAUGGCGGUGGUGGUGCUGUUGGUGGUCGGCCGAAAUUGAAUUUGAAGCCAAGAACCCUACCAAUAAUCGAAGUGCAAAAAGUCGAGAUUGCCCCUGUUGUCCCUGUGAGUGAAGUGCAAAAGGAAGAGAUUGCCAUUGUUGUGAAGCCGAGGACAAGUAACCCCUUUGGUGAGGCGAGGCCUAGGGAGGAGGUGUUGAAAGAGAAGGGGCAAGAUUGGAAGGAGAUUGAGGAGAAGCUCGAGUCGACAAAGUUGAAGGAGGUUGUUUCUAUAGGAACUGUUGAUGUGCCUGUGCCUGCGAAAAGAAGCUUCUGGAGUGGGAAUGGGAGAGACAGGGUUCAGCCCGAACAUAAGACCGAGAAGGCUUGGAGAAAGCCCGAAUCAGUUGGUUCUCGUCCACAGAGUGCUGGUGAAUCUGAAAAUGGAACUGCUGAGAACACUGAAAACGGACACGCUGAAGAAGUGGCUGAAGAGAGAAAUACUGAGAAGUGAUGCCAAUGUGUCGAAAGCAACACUAGAUGUGGCGCAAAUUGAUGUGGCAAAAAAAUGAGUUGAUAGGAUUUUGAUUUUACAUUUUCUUUUUUUGGGUUUUAAUUUACAAAAUGUCAUUUCAGUGAAGAACAAUAUAAAGAGCAGUUUUGGUAGACUUGUGGUUAGACGUACCUGGUUUGUUUGUACUUUGUGUGGUGACUAUUUAUUGUUUUCUUUUUUCUUCUGUUGAAUUUUUUGGAGAUAAAUUAUAUUAUUUAUUGGAUAAUCAAUAUUGAAUGUUUUUUAUGCA